GCGGCAGGUCCGGGGCGGCUUCCCUUCCACCUCUGGACUACCAUCGUAGGGCUUGAGUCUCAGCUCAGCUCUUCCGCAUUACACUUGCCUAAGGAGCCCACACACAGCAGCGACCACGGAGGAGCAGACGCUGCGAGACGAAUGAGAGCGGCACCUCGAGGCCGCCGUCCUGCCCGGGCCGCGCCACCAUAGAGUGCAGAAGUGCGGACAGAGCGCCCCCAGGAGCGCCUUGCACUCAGUCCCCGGGCCGCGGAAUGGCAAUUGUGCUGGCCCUGAGAGUAGUUGCGGGACUGGUAGCGGCGGUGUUGGCAGCUUUGCUCUUGGAAUAUUACGGCCUGGCGGAUCCGCCUUUGCCGCUGCCCCAGACCCCCCACCUCCAGAGGCCUCACCCAGCGCCGGGCUCCGGAAACAGCAACAUCUUCUGGGGCCUGCAGAUAUCCGACAUUCACCUGAGCAGGUUUCGCGAUCGAGGCAGAGCCAUAGACUUAGAGAAGUUCUGUUCUGAAACGAUUGACAUCAUUCAACCUGCUCUCGUCCUAGCAACAGGAGACCUGACAGAUGCCAAAACAAAGGAACAGUUAGGAUCCAGGCAGCAUGAGGUAGAAUGGCAAACUUACCACGGUAUUCUGAAGAAGACAAGGGUUAUGGAAAAGACCAAGUGGCUGGAUAUCAAAGGAAAUCAUGAUGUAUACAACAUUCCAAGUCUGGAGAGCGUCAAGAAUUAUUACAGGAAAUAUUCUGCCGUACGCAAGGAGGGCUCUUUCCAUUAUGUCCACAGUACUCCCUUUGGCAACUAUUCUUUCAUCUCGGUUGAUGCCACCCAAAUUCCUGGGCCUAAGAGGCCCUAUAAUUUCUUUGGAAUUUUAGAUGAGAAACAGAUGAAAGAGCUCUUAGUCUUAGCCAAAGAAAGUAGUCAGAGCAACCAUACAAUUUGGUUUGGACACUUUACAACAUCCACUAUGCUUUCUCCAUCACCAGGAAUCCAGUCAACAAUGAGUUCGGCAACAGCUUAUUUGUGUGGCCACCUCCAUACACUUGGUGGACUGAUGCCUGUUUUGCACACUCGUCACUUCCAGGGCCCUUUGGAACUUGAAGUGGGAGACUGGAAAGAUAACAGAAGGUACCGAAUCUUUGCUUUUGAUCAUGACCUCUUCAGCUUUGCAGAUUUGACCUUUGGAAAGUGGCCUGUUGUUCUUAUCACCAAUCCUAAAUCACUUCUCUAUAGUUGUGCUAAACAUGAACCAUUAGAAAGACUCCUUCACUCAACACAUGUCAGAGUCUUGGCCUUUUCCUUAUCCUCUAUUACUUCUGUCACUGUUAAGAUUGAUGGAGUUAAUUUAGGGCAGGCCAUUCAUUUGUCUGGUCCUAUUUUUAUACUGAAGUGGAAUCCCAGAAACUAUAGUAAUGGAACACAUAACAUAGAAGUAAUUGUGCAGGAUUCUGCUGGAAGAAGUAACAAUGUUCAUCACAUAUUUUCUGUUCAAGAGAAUAUGCAUCUUACAUUUGAUCCCCUCGCAUCAUUUAUUCUCCUUACUGACCACUGCGCUGUGGCCCGGGUCCUUUUUGUGCUGAUUGUGCUGAUUCAGCUCUCCAUUCUCAUUACAUAUAGGUAUCUAGCGUAUCCAGAGCUUACAGAACCUCCAGGAUUUAUAAAUCUUACUUCAUUUUCCCUUCAUGUCUUGAGCAAAAUCGACAUAUUCUACUAUUCUGUAUUGUUGCUGACCCUUUAUACAGUGCUGGGACCAUGGUUUUUUGGUGAAAUCAUUGAUGGCAAAUUGGGCUGCUGCUUUUCAUUUGGAAUAUUUGUUAAUGGACAUUUCCUUCAAGGCAAUAUGACAUUUAUAGUUGGAAUUCUUCAGCUGGCAUUUUUUAACAUCCCCUUGAUGGCUUACCUGUGUUGGAGUUUGCUACAGCGAUGCUUUGGUCAGAGCUUCAGGUCACAUUUCCAUCAAGGAAAAUACUUGAAAAUUAUACCUGUUCACCUAUUUAUGCUCCUGCUAUACAUCUGGCAAGUUUAUUCCUGCUACUUUCUUCAUGUAACAUUUGGCACUCUAGCUCUUUUAAUUUCCCCUUUGCGGACCUGGUUGACACUGCUGACACCUGUACUCAUUCGCUGUGUGUGGACACUGAACUCCACGGAGUUUGGAACCUUCAUGGUGCAGUUAAAAAGCCAUCUGAGCUCCUGAAGGCGGUUUCUGACCACUGGCAGCUGAGCAGAAGUCCUUCCUUUGCAUCUGUAAUCCAGGUCCCUGCCCCCCCGCUCUGUGUGUUAACUUCAAGGGGCUGCUGCUCCCUGAACACCUGGAUGUUGGAGGGAUUAUUCACUACUGAUUUCUGCGAAGUAGACUGCAGAAAGUAUAAAUAAUGAUUCUGGCUUUCCCUAAGGAGACAAAAAGCCCUAAUCAAGGAGCGCCACAGCAUAGGGACUGGAUGCGUGCAUGGCAGUAUCUCAGGCCCAGUGUGUUUUUUAAGGUUAUCCCUUGGAAAGCAUCUAAAACUGUGCCUGGACUUCUGCGCUGUCAAGGACAACAGCGCCCUUGUGUGGACCAGUGGGAGAACCUGACUACACUUGAGAUGUUAAUUCCCAACCCUGUUUUCCCACAGGGUUAUGAGUUUUCUGCUUCCUUGGUCGGGGGUGUUUUCAACUAAUCAAAUAAAUGACGAAUGACUAAUUACAGACAAA